CUUUCAUUUUUCUUCUUUUUCUCCACUUUCAAGCAGGACUCUGGUUUUUGUUUUAUCGUUUUCUAUUAAAACAAAAAAGUUAUACUUUUCCUGUUUACAUGACGAGUCAACUAAGCAGCGUUUAUCCCGCUGCCAAUACCAAUGGGUCAACAGUGUGUAAUACGCCGGCUUGUGCCCAGACAGCAGCCGCCAUCAUGAAAGACGUCGAUUUGACGUUGGAUCCUUGCUCCGAUUUUUAUCAGUAUACCUGUGGCUCCUGGCUCAAGACGGCCACCAUCCCUGAAGACGAGUCGAGCACCGGCACUUUUCGAGUGUUGCAGAAUGACAACUAUCAAAUUCUGCAGCAGAUAUUUGAAGGCACUUACGAUGAUCUGCUGAAAAAGAGUAACGCUACCGAAGGAUUCCACUUGGACGAUCAAGGCGACCUCGAUCGUGCCAACUUUGCGCUAGUCAGCGAUUAUUACCGGUCUUGUAUGAACCUUGACAUUAUUGAUUCGCUCGGCCCCACCCCAGUGUAUGCCGAACUCAGCCAAUUGUUGUCCAAGUUCAUUCAGGAAAACCGUCGAUUCAUCACAGGGGAGGACCGCAACAUUUUGACAGAGACCGCAUUAUUCGCUUACUUCAAAGGCGUCGAGACCUUGUUCUCUUUCAGUGUGGUCCCGGACGACAAAAAGCCAGACACCAUUGUCAUUACGCUGGCCCAACCCGACCUCAUUCUACCGUCGAGGGAGUACUAUGAGCAACCGGACGUCCUGGCCAUUUUCCGAGAGGGCCUUGUGGAUAUUUUUAUGCAUAUUGUUGGUGCCGGCAAUGGCACGGACAGCGAUCCGAUACGAGCGCAGAAAGCUUCCCAGGAGAAUCUGCAUCUAUAUUCGCGCGACGAAAUCACCGGUAUGGUGAAUCGCUUUGUCGACUUUGAAACGAAAUUGGCCAACGCUACAGUAAAGCGCGAGGAUAUGCAGGAUCCUAUUGCGCUUUAUAACGUAAUGUCACUAGCUGACAUCCAGCAAAAGUACGAUUUCCUCGAUUGGGAACGCUUUUUGCGGUUCUGGGUACCGGAAUCGUCACCGCUUCCAAAAAAUUUAAUCGUCGCCACGCCGUCCUACUUUGAUAAACUUAGUCAAUGGUUCCGUCAAGAUGUCUCCACCGAAAACAUCCGCGAAUUUAUCUUAAUUCGGCAUGUGAUGGCCAAAAUCCACGCGCUUGACACCACUUCACGUCAGUUGCAACAGACAAUGUCCAGUAAAAUCGCAAGCGGUACAUCUGUCAUGCGCCCUCGUUCGCAAAUCUGUACCCGCAACACCGCUUCCACCUUCGGACAGUUGGUCGGUCGAUUCUACGUCAUGGCUGAUUUCGGUGGCGAGAAGGAACGCGAAGGAUUGUUGGUAUUCCUGGAUAGGAUCCAUGACGCUUGGCUGAACCGGUUGCCGGAAAUGGAGUGGUUGGACUCGGAAACGCGUGCAAAGGCGGUGGAAAAAGUGAACAAGAUCAAGCACAAGGUUGGCUAUAAUAUCAACUCGCCCGAUUUACGCUCGCCCCAAUCUUUGAGGGACUUCUAUGGUUCCGUCAAGAUCUCUCCCACGUCAUUCUUUGAAAAUCAGGAAAGUACCACCCUUUGGUCCCUGCGUCGUGGCUGGGGCAAAUACGGAAAACCGACCGAUCGGUUUGAGUGGUUUAUGAGCCCUCAAGAAGUCAACGCCUAUUACAGUCCCAAUUACAAUGAGAUCGUCGUUCCCGCAGGAAUCUUGCAUACCACCUUUUACGAUUUCCACGCUCCUGACUACCUCAAUUACGGUAGUAUUGGCAUGAUCAUUGGUCACGAGCUAACACAUGCAUUCGAUAACUCGGGCCGCAUGUAUGACGGGAAUGGGGCGCUACAACAAUGGUGGACCAAUGCCACCUCAAAGGCAUUCGAAGAAAAAACCAAAUGCUUCAUCGAUCAGUAUAAUAAUUUCACCAUCAAGGGAGCGGAUAAUAAGGAAUAUCACGUCAACGGCAAGAUGACCCUGGGAGAAAAUCUUGCUGACAAUGGCGGCUUGUCGGCUGCGUUUAUCGCAUAUCAGGAACUGACCAAAAGCUCAGACAUGAGCAAUGUACGCUUACCUGGUUUGGACCAACUGUCACCUGAAGCUCUCUUUUUCAUUAAUUUUGGACGAACAUGGUGCAGCCUCGAACGACCCCAAAUGGCCGUACAACAGAUUUUCGUUGACGUGCAUUCGCCAAACCGUGUACGUGUCAAUGGCGUGAUUCAGAAUUCCGAUGAUUUUGCCAAGGUAUUCCAAUGCCCUGCAGGAACGCCAAUGAACCCCUCCAACAAAUGUCGUGUAUGGUAAACAAAAAGCUUGAAAAUAAAGAGUCAAAACAACGCACAUCCCUUGCAUUAGGUAAAAAAAAACCAUAAAAUAUAGCGAAAGACUG